CAAAAUAGUUCGAUCACAAGAACUUCGAGAAGAUUGAAAGAAGAAAGAAUGCAGAAACGAUAUCUUACGAUAGGAAUUCCUACAAUUUGGCGCCCUCGUACAUAUUACUUGUGGUACACGAUUGAUACAUUACUGAAUGCUACUUCCAAAUCACAGCUGUCACAAAUCUAUGUAGUUAUUUUUCUAUCAGAUUUUAACACAACAUGGAAGGAAAUUACAUCAACAGAUAUAAAGCGCAGAUACAAGGCAUUGGUGUCAAACAAUACUAUUCAAAUCAUAACAGCUCCUUAUAGCUUUUAUCCACAGCUUGAUAACUUGAAACAGACAUUUAAUGACAGUGAAUCCAGAAUGAAAUGGCGUUCAAAACAAAACAUUGAUUACGCGUAUCUUUGGUUGUACAGCAAGAAUAUUUCAAAAUACUACAUUCAAAUUGAAGACGACGUUAAAACGAGUCCAACUUAUUUUGAUGCCAUUAAACAAUUCAUCUCCGUUCAGAAAGUACCCUGGGUAUGCUUGGAGUUUUGUCAACAUGGAUUUAUUGGAAAACUUUUUCAUUCACACGACCUACAAAAACUUGCCAAAUAUAUCUUGUUAUUUUAUGCUGAGCAACCGAUAGACUAUUUAUUGAGAUACUUCAAUUUUAUUCAUUUACAAGACACCAAACGGGAACGAAAACCUAACGUGUUUCAUCAUGUCGGAUUAUAUUCUUCUUUACCGGAAAAGAUUACAUACGUCAAUCCGAGGAUUUUGGAUACAAAGAAAACUUUAAAAGGACAAAAUCCUACUGCUGAAUUAUAUACAACCAUGACGUCUUUACCGAAAUUUGAACUCAAAGCGGCAUAUUCUGUUUACAAUGGAUAUUUCUGGUCAAAUACACCACCAGUUGUGAAUGAUUCUAUAUACGUGGUUUUUAAAAGACCUCAAAGCAUAAAAAGUGUCAUUAUUAUAACUGGAAGUAAAGAGCAUCCGAAAGACCAACUAGAGCAUGCACAGUUAGAAGCAUGUAUGAGGUGUCGAGUAGUUCCCAAAAACAGAAUCAUUUGUUACGAUAACUAUCUCUUAGGGAGGUUUAACAAUGGUUCUGUAGUUGCAAAUGACGUACGUAAAAAAUAUAACUUUAAGUUAUUCGGCUGUUUAAGAUUAACAGUCACCAAAAGUCAGACUUCGUGUCUCAUAAUAAAAGAGAUUGCUGUAUUUGUACGGUAAUUUACCCAUUAUUUCUGUUUGUUUUGUUCACGCAUCGUUGUCAAUAUAAACGAAUUUGAUGCAACUGUCGUACAAGUAAGCGGUUUAGCGCUAUAAAACCAUGAUCUAUCCACCAUUUUCUACAUAAGAAAAUGCCUAUACCAAGUAAGGACUAUGACAGUUGUUAUCCAUUCAUUUGUAAAUUGAUGGGUUAUAGCUUUUGAUGUUGCCAUUUAAUGAGGGACUUUUCUUUAUGAAUUUUCAUCGGAGUUCAGUACUUAUGUGAUUUUACUUUUUAUACGCUACAUAAAGUCAAUUUAUUUAUUUAAUGGCUGUUUGUAUGUUUGCCUUUUUUACCGAAUGUUUCCUACCAAUGCAUGUUAUCCCGUCUUUUGUUAUACUAGUAUCCUUUACCAUUUACUACAUUUUUUUUUCUGCGCUUAAAAAUGGAUAAACGAAGACAACUUGAAUUGUUAAAGAAUUAAUCUCUUUCGAUACGGCAAAUAUAAAAAUGUAUAUAUGUAUACUAAGAGGCUGUCACAAAGAUAGUAAACCAGGUUAAGCUUUCAUUUAAAUAAGUAUCAGCAAAUAAGGCUUAUAACUCGUUAUUUUACAUUUGGAAUUUAAUUAAUAACAUGCAUGUUCACAGCCAUAGAGAUAUACAUUCUACAACAAGUAUAGUCAAAUAACAAAAAUAACGAAUUCCUAGAAAAAUUAUAAACGGAGUUCCUAAGCAAAUGCCUAGCAACUGUCAUAAUCCAGACUUGUACAGGCAUUUUUUUAAAGGUAGAAAAUGGUGGAUAUGUAGGUAUAAAGGGAAACAUCAUAUAUAUUUGAUCCAUUACUUAGUUAUUUGGUUUGAUUA